AUGCAUAUUUGUGGAAUGAAACAACAAGCUGUUGGAGCAAAAGGAAAACUUUUUUGUGGAUCAAAACCUGCAGUAGGUGUUAAAGUUAAACUUUGGGAUGAAGAUGAAGGAGUAACAGAUAUGAAUGGAAAUUUUUCAUUACAAGGAAGUACUAGAGAAUUAACAACAAUUGAUCCAGUUUUUAAAAUUUAUCAUGAUUGUGAUGAUAGUAUAAUACCAGGAAAAAGAAAAGUAAAAUUUAGAAUUCCUAGUCAAUACAUUUUUGCUGGAAAUACCCCAAAAUAUUCAAUAGAUUUUGGUAUAUUAAACUUAGAAACAAUAUUUGUUGGUGAAGAAAGAGAUAUUUAA